AUGUCCUCGUUCGCGCGCACGGCGACGCCGGCGAACGCGCUCAAGGCGAUCGACAGCAAACAGAAGCACCUCAGAAUGCUCCUGUGCGACAGGCUCGAGACGAACGCGGAGACGUACGGCGACGGCGCGGCGAUGCCCGGCCGACGCGUCCUCGCCGCGACCACCGAGGGCGGGCGCGAGAGCGACGAACAGGACGACGCGACGACGACGACGGAGGCGGACGCGCGCGACGACGACGACGACGACGACGACGACGACGCGUCGUUAGACCCGAAGUACUGGUUCCCGCCGUACGCGAAGAGAGGCGCGCUCGCGAGGGACCUGUCGACGGCCGUCUCGAGGGGGCGAACGCCGACGGGCGACUUCGUUGAGACGAUCAAUCCAGCGCUGCACCCGCCGCCGGGCAACGGAUUCAGGCGGUAG